AUGGUAAACUCUACACAGGUUUCUUAUUUCACACUUGCUGCCUACUUUGACACUGGAGCUUUUAAGUACUUUUGUUUUAUGACUGUCAUGUGUUUAUAUACUUUUAUUGUCAGUGUAAAUGUUUUGCUCAUCGUGAUUAUCUGCAUGAACAGAAGCUUACAUGAACCUAUGUACAUUUUCCUGUGCAGCCUGUUUGUAAAUGAACUGUAUGGUAGUACAGGGUUGUUUCCAUUCCUGCUGGUUCAGAUCCUCUCUGACGUUCACACUGUUUCUGCUUCAGUUUGUUUCCUGCAGAUUUAUUGUGUACACUCUUAUGGAGCUGUAGAAUAUUUAAACUUAGCCAUCAUGUCUUAUGACAGAUAUCUCGCUAUCUGUUAUCCUCUGCAAUACAACACACGUAUGACAUAUAAGAAGAUUGCUAUACUGAUUGCUCUAACGUGGUUAUACCCUUUGCUUGCUUGUAUUGCCAUAAUAUAUUUGAAUUCCCAUUUGCAGAUGUGUGGGAACACCAUUCACAAAGUUUACUGUGAUAGUCACUCUGUUGUCAAGCUGGCAUGUUCAGAUUCCCUUGUGGUUAACGUAUAUGGGCUCACUGCAUCUUUUGGCAUAAUCUUUGGUGCUUUGAUUUUUAUCAUUUACACGUACAUGAAAAUUCUUAAAGUUUGUUUUUCUGGUUCCAAACAGACGAGACAAAAAGCUGUCAGUACCUGCACACCUCACCUGGCUUCUCUGAUCAACUUCUCUGUCGGGGCUAGUUUUGAAUUAAUACAGAGCAGGUUUAACAUGAACAAUGUGCCCAAUAUGAUGAGAAUAUUUUUAUCUUUAUACUUUCUUACGUGCCAGCCGCUCUUCAAUCCUGUAAUGUAUGGCCUGAAACUGUCCAAAAUCCGUGUCAUGAGUAAAAAUCUGAUGUUAAAUGUGGGCUCCUAAUACAAAGUUAUGAAACAGGUUUAUUUCUUAGCUUUAGUUUAAACAGACCUUUGAAGUAUUCUGAUGUAGAGCUGUGCAUUUUGCUAUGUGACAAAUAAAAUCAACUCUUCAGUCAUUUUGUUUUUGUAAGUAGAUGAACGUGCAGCCACAGCACUGAUGAUAAAUCUGUACUCAACAGAUUCACAAAUGGCAAUUACAAAUGUACUUAGCACAAGUGGAGAACUCACUUUUUCAUUAUAUUUAGUUCUUAUAUUUGUAUUACACUGAAAAAAUGUAAUACCAGUGUGUACAUGAGCAUGAUUAAUGUCUGGAUGCUUCUGUGUACUGCCUCAAUAAGUCCUUUGGAGCUGCAGCAGUAAACUGUCAGUUCCAGUAUUUUCAAAUGGUAUAAAUGGUGUUUAUGCCCAAACAGCAUGUGCAACACAAAUGACUCAAGGUCAGGGCCACACAAAGUAAAUAAUAAAUUCAGACCUGUUGCCUUAGACCUCCAUCAAGGCUAAUAAUCCACUCUUCUAUGAUAUGCAUAUCAGAAAUAGCAAACAGUGGGCCUUUAUGUCUGAAUAUGUCUUAAAAUCACUCAGUCGAUGUUUCUUUGACUUUGAGGGAUUUUUACUCCCCAUCUAAUAUGGCUCCAUUAUCGCGAUUUGAAUUUUGGUGGCAAGGCUCAGCCAUCCCAAAGGACGCUCUGAACACCUGAAACAAUUUGAGGAUAACAUUGAGCUGCUGAUAUGUUUACGGUGUUACUCUGU